AUGGGCGUGCUUCCGGAACUGGCGAAAGCCGUCGACGACAUGGAUUGGAUGCUUCCAACGGAUGUCCAGGCCGAAGCAAUUCCGUUGAUACUUGGUGGCGGCGACGUCCUUAUGGCUGCUGAAACAGGAAGUGGUAAAACUGGCGCGUUUUGCCUUCCGGUGCUUCAGAUCGUGUGGGAAACAAGGAAAGACCUUAUGUCUGGAAAAGGACGGAAAGGUGGCGGCCCUAAAAAACACGGAACUAAAGGAUUUAUGCUGAACAUUUACGAUAGGGGAGACGCAAUGGCUAUAACUCCUGAAGGGCUUCUAUGCCAAAGCAGGGAUCAGCAGAAAUGGCACGGUUGCAGGGCUACCAAAGGAGUGACUGGAAAAGGCAAUUUAAUUUGUCAAAAUGCGUAUUUUCUUUAUACCUGUUUUAAUAUGUUAAAUUUAAAUAUAGGCAAGUAUUAUUAUGAGGCUACUGUGACGGACGAAGGACUAUGCAGGGUUGGAUGGUCAACCCCUCAUGCAUCGUUGGAUCUCGGGACCGAUGCUUACGGAUUUGGUUAUGGUGGAACAGGCAAAAAGAGCAAUUCAAAGCAGUUUGACAACUACGGUGAAGCCUUUGGCCUCAGUGACGUCAUUGGCUGCUUUUUGGAUUUGGACCGCAAAGAAAUUAGAUUUUCCAGAAAUGGCAAGCUUUUCGAGGUUGCUUUCAAAAUCUCGCCCAAGCUUGAAAAUGCGCAGUUUUUUCCAGCCGUUAACGCCGAGAUCAGGUUCAAUUUUGGUGAAUCGCCAUUCAGGUUUCCUGCUAGUGACGGAUUCGUAGCAGUUUGUGAAGCACCGAAAGAUCUGAUUGUCGAUUCACCAAUGGACGGAGCUGCUGCGGCGCCGGUCAGAGUUUCGAGCGCCAACGCCCCAAUGUGUCUGAUCAUCGAGCCUUCGCGGGAAUUGGCCGAACAGACGGACCGACAGAUAGAAGAAUUCAAAAAGAAUUUGGACAAUCCGAAAAUCAGAAACUUGGUAAUAGUUGGUGGUGUUACUGCCCGCGACCAGCUAAGCGUCUUGGCCAAUGGCGUCGACAUCGUCACCGGAACACCGGGCAGAUUGGAAGAGUUCAUUUCGUCUGGCCAGCUGUCGUUGUCCGAGGAUGGACUGCUUCAGCAGAACUAUGAACAUUUCAUAAAUAAAGUACAUUCUCAAAUACCUAAGGUUACCGCUGACGGCAAGAGACUGCAGAUGGUUGUUUGUUCAGCGACGCUGCAUAACUUCGAUGUUAAGAAACUGGCGGACCGUUUGAUGCACUUUCCACAGUGGGUGGACUUGAAAGGGCAGGACAGCGUGCCGGACACAGUUCAUCAUGUGACUGACGGAAUCCACUACCGGGAUGAGAUACGACCCGGCAGCGACAGGCCUGAAACAUUGUCCGAGGCAGUGAAAAGGUUGAAAGGAGAAUAUGUACUGCGCGCAAUCAGGAAGAACAAGAUGGACCAGUGUUUGAUAUUCUGUCGUACCAAACUGGAUUGCGAUAACUUGGAGAAGUUCCUCAGUAAAGCACCUGAACAGUACAGAUGCGUCUGUUUGCAUGGCGACCGCCGACCGGACGAGAGGAAGCGCAACUUGCAACUUUUCAAGGAUAAGAAGGCAUCUUUUCUGAUUUGCACAGACGUCGCUGCCAGAGGUAUCGAUAUUAAGCAUAUGCCGUAUGUAAUUAACGUGACCUUACCUGAUGAGAAGACCAACUACCUGCACCGAAUCGGACGAGUCGGAAGAGCUGAGAGGAUGGGAUUAGCCAUUUCUUUGGUCUCCAGCGUCCCGGAAAAAGUGUGGUAUCAUCAAUGUAAUACGCGUGGCAAAGGCUGUAACAACACUACACUCGUAGAACAAGGAGGCUGUGGCUUGUGGCUUAACGAGACUGAGAUGUUAGCAGACAUCGAAGAGCACUUGGGGGUGACGAUUCCGCAGACUGAUCCAGAAAUUAACGUUCCUUCAGACGAAUUUGAUGGAAAAGUGGUAUAUGGUCAAAAGCGAAUGGCAACCGGCUCCGGCUACAAGGGACACACAAGUCUCCUUGCUGCUACGGUCACUGAACUGGCACAACUCGAGAAGGCGGCGCAGACUUCCUACCUGACUUUGCGGCACAACCUCGUACUUAAAUAA